CUCUACCAGAGCAUAAAAGGAAUACCUGUUCUGCUCCCGAGAGAGAGAGAGAGAGGGAGAGAGAGAGAGAUGGCUGGUUUGCUUGCCUGGGCUGCAGAUGUAGUGGGUGGCGGUGGUCACGACGAGCACGGAGACGGAAAGGAUCGACCGUUCCCCGUCGUCGUUUUCACGCCCGAGCAGCAGCAGUACGCCCGAGAACUCGAACAGAGGGCUGCUUCCCUCCGCCGUUCCAUCCAAGAUCUACGGCUGAGAAUCCCUCCCCCUCACAUCUCCCAACGUCUGCCCCACCUCCACGCUCACUCCCUCGCUUCCAACGCUGCUCUUGCCCUCCAAUUGAAUUCUCACUCCACCACCCGCCAACAGGCACAAUUAAGAGAGGUCACACUUCAAGAAGAAAAUGUCGCAUAUGAAAAGGCUAUAUCGAAUUGCCAAAAGAAAAUUGAGGAGAAGUUGCAGGAAGCAGAUCUACUGCAGCAUAAGCUAAAGGAAAUGGACUUGACAGAGAAGUCUUUGAGAGCUGAUCUGGAAAGAACACUAGCUACAAAGAAGAACAGUCAGUCUGGUGAAUCUGUUGAUGAUCCCAAAACCAGAGGAGAACCUCACACAGACAGUGAAGCUUCAAAAACCAUCUUGCAAGAAGAAUUAGACAACAAGAAAAAAGAACUGAGUUCUAUGGAAGAGAUGGUCCAAGAGUUGGAGGAAAAAUGGGGACAGAUUCAACAAAGUUCGAUGAGGCAGCCUUCACCAGCACAAAGAGAGAAGGUUUUGGAUAAACAGCUUCACAGCUUGAUUGAGCAACUUGCAGCAAAGCAGGCACAAGCAGAAGGAUUGGUAACUGAAAUCCAUAUUAAGGAGCAAGAGCUGGAGAGAUUGAACGGGUUGCGGAGGCAGCUCGAGAACGGCAGUAUGGAAGCCAGUGCAGCAAGGAAUCGGCUUGGAAGAAAUAGUUCGAUGGUUGGAUCUGCUUCUGCGGACUACAUUGUCGAACCCCAUGGCAGACCGCAUGUCGGAGGCAGGAUGCAAAACCAGCAGAAGCUCAUGCUCAUGAGGUCUUCCUUUGUGCUCUAUAUAUUGAUCCUUCAUGUGUUGGUCUUCAUCAAGCUUUCAUUCUAAGCGCUCUCGCUCCGAUGAUUCAUCACUGGUUCUGAUUGUACGGUGUUGGUAUGUAUUAGCUGUGUAUAUAAUUUGAAAUCGUUUUGCCAUUUUUUUUCGAGCAUAUGAUUCGGCGAACAUUCGAUUGUUGUUGUGAGGUUGUGCAUGAAUGACCAUUUACGAAUGACCAUUUAUGGUGA